AUGAAACCAUUCGAUGGAGCGCAGAAACUGUUUGAGUUGUUGCAGAGCUGCAACGUGCUCAUGUCCAUAACCUUGAUUGUUGGCGACAAGACGCAAGGCGCAGCAAGACAGCCGGACCCAGCCAGCUACUUCAAUGUUCUCGUGCCAGCCCUCAAGGCGAGAGCUUUUGAUACCGCCGGAGACGACUGGAAUGUGCUUGUGGUUGGUGAUACCGAGGCCGAUCUGGGAUUUGCUCUAAACAUCAAGGGGCUAAAUCUGUCUGGUGUCGGUAUGGCUACGGUAACUUGGAGAGUUGUGAAAAGCUUUAGCUCGAUGUCAUCGUCGACAAUUUGA